ACGUCACGCCCACACACACGCUGGCCCUCUCAACGGCUUGGCUUUCUCUCUCUCUUUUUCUUUUUCUUUCUUUCUUUCUUCCCCAUCUUUCUCCACUCCCCUUUCGCACUCGCACUCGCACUCGCACUACACCCACCCACCCAUCGAUCCAUCCAUCCAUCGAUCAGUUGUGAAUUGUGAGUUGUUGUUGUUCAGUUCAAAUCCAAGCGGAGUGUGGCCGAGCACCGCAACCGCUUCGAUUCCCCCAAGCAUUCGGUUCGCCAUGAGCAGUGUCAGUAGUGGGGCGAGGUGGCGAUGAAGGCGACGCUGCUGCCGCCGCCGCCGCCGCCGGCGAAGAGGCGGAGGGGGCCACGCGUGGCCGUGCUGGCGCUCUUCCUCUGCUCGCUGCUCGUUCCCCUCGCCUUCCUCUUCGACCGCUCUCAAUCCGGGUACGUCACGACGGAUGAGCGGCGCCGACAGGAGGUUGUUUUGCCUGAGUUCCAUCACGUGGAGAAGGCGGAUGGUGACGGUACUGUCAAUGGACUGAAUCAGGAUGCACCAAAGAAGACGCCCAAAGUUAACAGCGGAGGGCUGCAGAAGCAUAAGCAAACUGAUCGACACACCUCCCGUAUUAGCACUAAACCAAAAGUUCUUCCCUCACCAAAAGUUGACCCAUCAGAGGCUGUGAAGGAGUCAACUCAAGGCACAAGAGAGGUUAGCAAAGUUAGAAAGAGACUAGACAAAGGCACAAACACAGAUGAAGUGGAAAAUGAGAAGGCUUGUCAACUUGAAUUUGGUAGCUACUGUCUCUGGUCCAGAGAACACAAAGUAGUCAUGAAGGACUCCAUUGUGAAAAGGCUAAAAGACCAACUAUUUGUGGCACGCUCAUAUUAUCCAAGCAUUGCGAAGCUUGAAGGACAGGAGGAACUUACUGUGCUAAUGAAGCAAAACAUACAAGACCAUGAGAGGGUUCUUAGUGUAUCGACUGUUGAUGCUGAUCUACCGUCCUUUAUCAACAAGAAGAUGGAGCAGAUGGAGCAAACAAUAGCUAGAGCAAAAUCUUGCACUGUAGAUUGUCGAAAUGUUGACAGGAAACUUCGUCAGAUACUUGACAUGACUGAGGAUGAAGCUCACUUUCAUAUGAAGCAGAGUGCAUUCCUCUACAACCUUGGUGCUCAGACGUUGCCUAAGAGUCAUCACUGUCUAUCUAUGAGGUUGACAUUAGAGUAUUUCACAUCCUCUUCACUGGGUUCAAAUGAUUCUUCUGCUCGCAAAUUUAGUGCUGCACAUGGUAGGCACUAUGUCAUACUAUCUAAGAACAUCCUUGCUGCUUCGGUUGUUAUCAACUCAACAGUGAACAGUUCAAAGGACCCAAAAAAAAUCAUUUUUCAUAUCUUAACUGAUGCUCAAAAUUUCUAUGCCAUGAAAUACUGGUUUGACAAAAAGUCAUACAGAGAGGCAGCUAUCCAUGUCGUGAACUAUGAGGAUAUUAUCAAGGAGAAGUUAACAAAGUUUAAUGUGCGGCACCUGUAUCUGUCCGAGGAGUUCCGUGUUCUUGUUAGGAGUACUGAGCAACCUGCUGGGAAGACAAGAAUGGAAUACCUAUCAUUAUUUAGUCACUCACAUUUCUUCAUUCCAGAAAUAUUUAAGGAUCUAAAUAAGGUGGUUGUGUUGGAUGAUGAUGUGGUUGUUCAACGUGAUCUUUCUUUCUUGUGGUCUCUUGAUAUGGGGGACAAGGUAAAUGGUGCUAUCGAAUUUUGUGGUUUAAGACUGGGUCAAGUGAGAAAUCUCUUGGGUAGUACAACAGUUGAUACCAAGUCAUGUGCAUGGAUGUCUGGAAUAAAUGUUAUAAAUUUGGAUAAAUGGAGGAAGCACAAAGUUACAGAGAACUACCUGCUGCUUCUGAAAAAGUUCUUGACGAAGGAUGAGACAUCUCUGCGAGCAGCAGCCUUUCCUCUAAGUUUGUUAUCUUUCCAACACCUCAUUUAUCCCCUUGAUGAGAGGUUGAUUCUAUCUGGACUUGGAUAUGAUUAUGCAAUUGAUGAAGACGUUGCACGGAGUUCUGCAGCAUUGCACUACAAUGGCAAUAUGAAACCUUGGCUUGAAUUAGGUAUACCAAGCUACAGGAGAUACUGGAAGAGGUUCCUAACUCGAGACGAUAAAUUCAUGGAUGAGUGCAACAUAAUUCCCUGACAAACUGACACAAUUGAACCUGGGAAUCAGACCAACCGAUAGCAGUGUGCAUCAACGAGUCUCACCCUUAUGUGGCGUACUGACUGGAUGCUAUAGCUCCCAAAAGCUUUUAUUGUGCACUACGACUACAAAUACAGCUGUGGAACAGGAGAAGGGUUGCUAUCGUUGGUCAUAAAUGUCGGCAGAAGAGUGGACAAAGCAUGUUCUAUUCAUUAAUUGACAGGAUUGAUUAACUAUUUUUUUUGCGAUGGGAUUAGUCUCAAAUAUGGGGACUACAUGCUUUGCAGGUAUUGAUGAUAUGAAUGAGUCUUCAAGUAAAGGUGGGUGUCAGCCUCAUUGUCCAGAUACUCGUUCUCUUGGAAGAAGGCACUGUCCAGAUUGUUAGAUAGGGUAUUCAACGAGCUUCGGGCUCAUGGCUGUGUUUCACGCCCCAUCGAUUCAUGACGGUUUUUCCCUUCCUCUUCUGCCAAUAAGGGUAAAUAUAUGUAAUCCUGAUAGUCAUUGUUUUUUGGUUCUUAGUUGUUGUACAUGGAUUAUUUAUCGAAUUCUUCACACGGAAAGUCUGCUAUUGGAAGCUUUCGACACCUCUGUGAUUAACCUCUACUGUACAUUUCGACUUGUUCUUCCUCACUUGGUGAUUCAUUCAUUAUAAUUGAAAUUUGGAUAUGAAUA